CCAACCAAGCCACUUAUCCUUCUUACCUGAAUGAAGCUGCUCAAUUGUAGCUGAGAGGAGACCAUCGAAUUUGAGGUGUCCCUUCUGCGCCCUGUGUCCGAUGCCAGACGUGUCCGUGUCCAGAUUCCGAGAUGUGAACAAUCCAAGGGGAUGGGGAUGCGGUGGACCUUGCCCUUUCGCACUGAAGCAACAUCGCCAUUAGGUUGGAGGCCAUCGCCCUUAGGAGCGAUCGGACGGGACGCGACUGUACUCGGGGCUCCCGGCCGCACUACGAACGGAGCAAUGUUCGCUACUAGGAACAAAGGGCAUCGCUACGAACGGAGCAAGAACGCUCUUAGGUUGGAGGCCAUCGCUAUUGAUGAAGCGUUCAAAACAACAAGCUCUCAGGGUCGGCAGUUGGACAGAUCCUUCUUGUCAAGUGCCAAGUUGUCCCAAGUGUAGUGACGAUGGGGCUGUUCAAUGGGUUCAGACCAAAAAUGAGCCGGAGCCUUGAUUCUGAAGCGCCCAUCACACGCCACAUGGAUGGAUACUGUCCCUAUAAUUUGGUGCAAUAUUCCCAAGCCACACCCAACCCACACCUCGAGCCAUCGGAUUGGGAGAGAUGGUUCCCACAGAAAAACACAACCAUCUUCGAGAGGAUGGUUCCCCCGGGUUUCGAUGUUUCGUUCCAGACAGGUCCUCAUGGUUUCCAUCAAUUGCAGCUUUCACCAAGUUCUCUCCAACCAGUGGUCCCCAGUGGGCCCCCCAGAGGCCGAAAACCCCAAAAAUCCAAUGCGCACAAGCAGCCUAGCAGCCUUCGCAUGCAAAAGUGCUCUUGGUCAUGUUGACACGAAUGUGACGACAAAUGCUCGAAUCCUGGACACAACAAUGCCCACAACCCCUGCAAGAGUGGAGCAAAAAGCAUGAUGGAAGGGUGUCAAAGUCUUAGGCUGAGGUUUCGGAGGUUUCCAAUGUUACGCGGGCAAGCGAAGAACCUGCAACACUGUACAGGUGUGGCACCUUUCAACCAGUUAGAGCCCAGCACGCCACUGCGGCCCGCACACGCCCAAGUUUGCACAGGCUAGUUCACCCUGGCGAGUAUGCAAGUCAUAAGUCAUGCGUUCAGAAGCCACAUUGUUAUUUGUUGCUCACCACACAGUAAUUUCAUGAAAGAUGAUGAAAGCACCUUUAUGGUUUUGCUUUUUUUUUGGGAAAACACUUAUAGGUGGAGACUCCCCAGCACUUGCUUCCUUCGGUCCAUCGUUUCAAGCUUAAAACAGUUCAAUUGUCGACCGUUGUCAAAGGUCACAUGAUGUUUCGUUGGAACGACACCGAUUUGCUCAUUUCUUCGGUCUUUUCGUGUGAACCGAUCAGAGUUGUUUGGAUCAAAAGCGUUUCAGCGAAAAAGGUAUGAGCAAGUGCUCCUUCUCUGUCGCGGAACGCAACAGCAUGCCGAUGCACCCGGACGAGACUUGGGGCAUGGUGAGUUGGUCACUGUAAGUGCUUCCCUGACCAUUUGGUCGAUGAAGAAGGACGGUGAGGCUGUGGAGAGCUUCGUGUAUCGACACGACAUGGACGCCAAGAUCGACUUGUCCAAGCGCUUGACAGAUAGAGCUGGUGUUUUUAACUGGGACGAUGUGGUGGUGGAUCUCUACAGUGGUUUGUCCUAUCACGAGAAGAAGCUCAUGGGUUUCAAAGUCUCGCCCAGGGACAUGAUGAUCUCCCAGUAUUUGCAGGAGCACGUGCAUUACCGGAACCGGCGACUGUGUCGUCACAACCACCUGGAGACUUGCUCGCGCGCGGUGGAGUUUGGAGAUGGCUCCCGGGUCCUGGACUUCUUUACCAGGAACGAGUACCUGUUCUCCGAGCCCGUGAAGCGCUCGGGGCUCUCCAAUGUCUUCACCUUCGUGCUGAACAGCGGCCUCUUCCUGCGGGCGGCGAUCACCAGGAGGGAGUUCAUCUACUGGUUGCCUGGCCUCAACGCAGGGAUCCCCUUGGUCCCCAAGGAUGAUGCCAUUCAUGAGGUCACGUUUCAAGCGCACGACCUGGCCCAUUUCUUAUUGCCCGACCUGAUCUUCACAGGCCACGAUUCGCCCCUGGGGCGGCGGCUGUACAUCAUCUACCGCAUGCUCAGUGAGGCCAUUACCUUGGUGUUCGCCGACAUGCUCUUCGUCGAGCAAUUGCGGCGAAGCGGCCUACAGUAUGACUGGUGCAAGCGGCAGAUCUGGCCCUUGUUUCGAGAUCUCCAAGUCGAUCCCUUUGGCCAAGGGGUUGAGCACUUCCUGGCGACCUUCCGAUCCUUGCUGGAAGCGAACAUCUCCUAUUGCCUCUUAGGAGAUGAUGGGCCCUACCGGCAAUUGCUCGGUGCACAUGAGGGUGGGGAUCCCGCUUCGCUGAAGGCAUUCAAAGAGAAGUACAUGCCUUUCUUCGUGGAAGACUUCCGCUGGACUUCCCAAAACUAUGCCUCCAUGGCCUCCCGCGUUCCCGAGCUCCGCCGCUGGUGGUCCCUGGCGGAGCCCCUGCGCGCGGUGCUGAGCACCGCGGAGCGCGGUGAAGGCGGUGCGCCGACGGCGGUAACGCUGGAGGAAUUUGCGGAGCGCAUUGAUGCAGAGGAGAAGACGUCUGGCAAGGAGCUGGUUUGGAAGUCCUUUGAGGAGAUCUUCCAAUCCAAACUCACACCCAUUUUCCGGCAGCAGAUGCAGCUUCUGGAACCGCAGGAGAGCUUGUUCCGUGCUUUCGCGCGCUACAUGAUGGGACAAUGCGUGCUUUUUGCUCGUUUCAACUUCUUGCCAGAGGCGGAGACUUGCCACAAGGAGAUCCUGCAGGUCCUGACCGAGGCUGCGAGGAACUCCUCGCCCCCGCGUUUGGGCGAGGAGGAACUGCACCGUGCUCGGAGCCACUAUGAGAGCUUCGUAGAUUUGCUUCUGGAGCGACAGCUCAUCACCUUGGACGAUGCCAAGACGUUCAAGGAGGUGUGCCCUCUCUUCGAUCCCUGCUUCGCAGCCUAUGACGAACCGCUGUCACACUACGAGCAGCUGCAGAAGGUGAGUCAAGAGAUCAUCGGUGAGUCUCCAUCAGGAGGCUACGGAAGGAAGUCUGAACGUCCACGCAGGUCCGUUCGAAGUCAGAAGGGCGGAGCCGGCGGAGCCCAGCUACGUUGGGUCCCUAAGCAUGGCUGAGAGGAGCACUGAGCGAUUCUGCUGCAGAGCUGGUAUUCUUAUGUCUUCCUAUAUGCCACAUCAUGUAUGUUGGAUUUGUUGCAUCAAUUGGAUCACAUCUGCAAUCCAUCAAGGUUUGGA